GAAACAUGACAGUCAACGUCAUACAAGGCGAUGAAGGCAGCUUGCGGUACACCGUGACGUCAUUUCAGAGCGACGACAAACAAUGGGUCAGAGCCAGAGCGGAGGUCAUGGUCCAGGGGGAGGCAAGAAGGAUGACAAGGAUAAGAAAAAGAAAUAUGAACCCCCGAUUCCUACCAGAGUUGGCAAGAAAAAGAAGAAGACAAAAGGACCAGACGCUGCCAGUAAACUACCUUUGGUCACCCCUCACACUCAAUGCCGCCUGAAGCUGCUGAAGCAGGAGCGGAUUAAAGACUAUCUCCUAAUGGAGGAGGAGUUUAUCCGAAACCAGGAGCAGAUGAAACCCCUGGAAGAAAAACAGGAGGAGGAGAGGUCCAAAGUGGACGACCUGCGAGGGACCCCCAUGUCUGUGGGCACUCUGGAAGAGAUCAUUGAUGACAACCACGCUAUUGUUUCCACCUCAGUUGGAUCAGAGCAUUAUGUCAGCAUCUUAUCCUUUGUGGAUAAAGAUCUGCUGGAGCCAGGCUGCUCAGUGCUGCUCAACCACAAGGUGCACGCUGUUAUCGGGGUGUUAAUGGAUGAUACUGAUCCCUUGGUGACUGUGAUGAAAGUAGAGAAGGCCCCUCAGGAAACCUAUGCUGACAUUGGAGGACUGGACAAUCAGAUCCAGGAGAUAAAGGAGUCAGUGGAGCUGCCUCUCACACAUCCAGAGUAUUAUGAAGAGAUGGGCAUAAAGCCACCCAAAGGUGUCAUUCUCUAUGGACCACCUGGCACAGGUAAGACACUGCUGGCCAAGGCCGUAGCCAAUCAGACAUCUGCCACCUUCCUGCGCGUGGUGGGCUCAGAGCUCAUUCAGAAGUACCUCGGAGACGGGCCCAAGCUGGUCCGAGAGCUAUUCCGAGUGGCAGAGGAACACGCACCCUCCAUCGUCUUCAUCGACGAGAUCGACGCCAUCGGGACUAAGAGGUAUGACUCCAACUCCGGUGGCGAGCGGGAGAUCCAGAGAACCAUGUUGGAGCUCCUCAACCAGCUGGACGGCUUCGACUCGCGGGGUGACGUCAAAGUUAUCAUGGCCACCAAUCGGAUAGAAACUUUGGAUCCUGCCCUCAUCAGACCCGGGAGAAUUGACCGUAAGAUUGAGUUUCCCUUACCGGACGAGAAGACCAAAAGGAGGAUCUUUCAGAUUCACACGAGCCGCAUGACAGUAGCUGAUGAUGUCACCCUCGAUGACCUCAUUCUGGCCAAGGACGACCUAUCAGGAGCAGACAUUAAGGCCAUCUGCACAGAGGCAGGCCUCAUGGCUUUGCGGGAACGCCGCAUGAAAGUCACCAAUGAGGACUUCAAGAAGUCCAAGGAAAACGUCUUGUACAAGAAGCAGGAAGGCACACCAGAGGGGCUUUACCUCUAACCCUUCAAAUGUUUGCGUCCCCCCCCCCCAUCUCGCCUUUCUACAUCCAUCACAGUGUAAAAAAAAAAAAAGAGGGGGCGGGGGCUGAGUUGUUUUGUCUCCCUGACAGUGCUUUUUGAUAUAUUUUGUGCAUGUCAUGUCAGGCUUAUCCCACUCUCUUUAGGUCCCAUGUUGAAGAUAUGAAUAAAAAUGAUUGAAUAUCUCUAAA